CACACAUUAGCAUCUGAAAGAGGGGAGACUUCUACAGCUCAGACAGAGACUUCUACAGCUCAUGAGAAGACUUCUACAACUCGGGCAGAGACUUCCACAGCUCUGACAGAGACUUCUCCAGCUCAGGCAGAGACUUCUACAGCUCAGAAAAGAAAAAGAAUGAGUAAAGAAAAGACUGGAGUGAAAAAGACCAAGGCAUCUGAGGGACCAGAUCAGCCUCCCUGUUCGGAAGAAGACACAGCCAGGUGGCAGUCAUCAAUAACCCAGAAAAAGAGAAAGCAAAUCACAAAAACUGAAGGUGGAAAGAAAAAGAAGCUUACCCAGGAGCAGGCUCAGCUUCCAGAACCUUCAGGAACCAAUAUAAAAAAAGAUGAAGAUUGUGUCCAGACUCCUCUAAAGACUCCACCAACACCACCCAGCAGUUCCUCAAAUAAGAAACAGAAAAACACAAUCAACAAAAAGCAUAGUAUCAUAAAGACAGAGGGUCCCCAGGAAAAGCACCAACAUGUAGAAUUUUCAACAACCAGCAACUUCCCAUCUGCUUCCCAGGUACCUCCAUCAACAACACCCAGCAGUCUUACAGCUCUUCAGGUACUUACAUCAGUAGCCACAAGCAGAGCCCAGACUACUCAAAUUCAUCCUGGAACAGGAUCCAUUUGUGUCAAGGCUCUUCAUGCUCCUUCACCAACAGUGUCUAGAAGUGAGUAUGCCAUUCAAUUGACACAAGGAACAGCAUCUGCUACUGGGAAGGCCCUUCCCCUUCCUAAAGUAAACGCAUCCAGGGAAGCCCAAGCACCUCAGGUGUCUUCAGCAAUAGCAUCCUGCAGUCUCCUGACUUCACAUGCAACUCCACCAACAGCAUCCAGCAGUCUCCUGGCUUCACAUGCAAGUCUAUUAACACCAUCCAGCAGUCUUGUGGCACCACAGUUGUCUUCAGCAACAACAUCCAGGGCUCUCCAUGCUACUCCAGGGCCUACAGCAACAUGUCACAGCAAUCCAUCUCGG